CGCGGCGCAAAGCGAGCUAUGCACUGAUACCCAGGAAGUUGACAUUCACUAGCAGAUCAGGGCCAGUAAAGAGAGGCACAAGUGCCUGAUUCAUGAUGGCAAAUCUUCUAAGAAUUUUGGAAAGUUUGGCAGCAAUAAUUUGUAUGUUAUGUGGCCUAUCUGAGCAGGACUCAGUAAUACACUCAGAAAGAUUUCUACCUACAUUUGAACCUGUCAUUCUGUCUGAAUCUGAUGAUCAGACGUCGUUGUCAUGUUUGAUAAAAAAUCCAGCCGAACCGUCUGGGUGUCAAGAAUGGAGAAAUAGGAAAUCUUUCCAAACCUCAGACGGGCGCCCCGUCGAAAUUUUUGAUGAUGUUUUGGAUUUUCGGUUGAUGACAACAUUGCAGGAUUAUUCAAACUUGGUUGCAGAAUGGGAGUUCAACAGCAGAGAUGGUCCUAGUCCUUGGUCGGCAUCUUUGGAUCCUGAACCAUUUAAGAACUCUGUCUUCAUCUCGGUCAUGAAGGGAUUAGUCUCAUCUACAAUGGGCAUUGAUAGAACGACUCUAAAGGUCUUCAGCAUCUCCAUUAAUGUACUUAGAAGAGGUGACCACAUUAAAUUGACCAGGGAUAAUACGGGUGAAGAAAAAGAGUAUUCCAUGGUGCUUUAUUUCAAUCACUACUGGCGCAAGAAUGAUUAUGGUGAACUCCUCUUUUACGAAGAUAACAACGAUACUUUCAUGGCUCUUAGUCCCAAGUAUAACAGAGCAGUGGUGUGGGAUAGCUCAAUUGGUUACAUAAUGAAACCUCCAAGCAUGGAUUUCAAGCAAGGCAUGAUGAGUCUCAAGAUGUCGUUCACAAUGAACUCCACAAAAGAGAGCGAAGCGAGGCAGCAUAGACAACUCCACUUUGAAGAAAAGGCGAAAGCUCGGGAAACGCUCUUCUCCGAGAUGAAAGGGUCGAAGGUUAAAUCUAUCGAAGACGUUGCAAAUUGUUUAACAAAGAAUUACACAACAUCCCAAGGUAAACGACUGUACAUUUUUGAUGGACUCUUUGAUACAGAUGACUUGAUGAAACUGAGAGAGUUUGUUCCAAAGCAUGGGAAUUUCUUCUACGAUGACAGUCUUGAUCUUGACAGUGAUAACGUCCAAUGGAUUGCAGGAUUUCCUAUUGAGAGCUAUGUCCAAGGCAAGAUGUGGACACCUACGCAGAGGGUGGCUGAAUUCGUCUCAGGUACCGACCAGUGGUAUCCCUACGAUGUCUCUUGCAACCUCCUGAGGACCUACGAUCACACCAGGAUCCACGAGGACUGUGAGAUCAGAGAGAAAGAGUGGACAUUUCUGGUGUACCUCACCGAUGACUGGAGUGAGGAUAAGUAUGGAGAAACAACCUUCUUGCACUUCAAUGGCCAUGGCUCCGAACCAGUGAUCAGUGUCCUACCUAGAUUUGGAAGGGUUGUAAUCUUUGAGGGUAUCAUUCCUCAUUCAGCUCGCCCACCUAGUCCUAUCUACAGAGAUUCAAGGUUGACGUUUGUUGCUAAGCUUUCUAUCAACGAGAGAGCUGCUAGGGUCAAAUCACUGAAGACGGAGUUUGCUCACGAAGAAGGUAACCACCAGAUGUGCCUUGAACACUUCAAGAGCUAUCAUGACAAGCAGUAUGAAGACCAUUUUAAAGAAAUGCUCCUUGAAAAUGCCAGGGAAUUGCGAGAAGUAAACCAUGCAUUGAACAAACGCUUCAGGCCUGAUGGUGACAGCAAUGAUGAUGAGGAGGAGGAGGAUCAUGGCCAUUAUGAGGAAGAUGACGAUGAUGAGCAAAUGGAAUAUGAUGAACAACCAGCGUUUGAUGAAGAAAGGCUGCCAGAAGUAAAAAGGAGGCGAGAUUAUGUCUACGGAUUGUUUGACCAGUCUCUUCACAUUGAAGAGCUGAGGACUCAUUACCGUCAAGUUUUAAUUGAUGCCCAAAUAGCAAAGCAGAAAUACGUGCAGCAAAUGGAAAAAUUGAUUUAAACUAAAGUACUUGUAUAAAUAUGAUUUUGUAACCUCACAUUUGUCAAAAAAAGACAGUGAUUACAUUUUUUUUAUAGAUAACUACUUUAAAGCUAAGUUCGAGCUCUGGUAUGAAAAUAAAAUUUCGAUACAAAAUGGUUGGAAGUUAUCCUAAAGUGUUUAUCAUUUGCCAGAAUGCUUAUUUAGAAUAACAAGCUUUAAUUGAAAUAAUUCAGGCUUGCUUGAAAUUAUAUUUUUUCAUUACCACAUGCUUUUCCUGGUGUAGCUAACACAAGGAACAACAUAUAGGACAAAGCUAUAAAUGGACUGACAUUUUUCACUAUUUUUUCUGAUUUUCAUUUGUUCAUUGCUCUGUGAUUAUAUUUUUUUCCAGAAUUUUUUUUUUGGCAGAUGUCAUCUAUUGAUGGUUUUAUUAUUUGGUGUAAGUUUUGUUCAAAUUUAUGAACAUUAACAUUAUUUUCACUUGUCACCAGUAACAGAGUUUAUCUACAAGAAAAAUAUUAAUAUUAAUCUAUUUUUCAAGACUUUUGCCAGUCUGCUGCUCUAAGUCUCUUUUUUCCUUUGGUCAACUUGUCAUGAGGAAAAGAUUUCUCUUUGAAACGUUAAUUUCCAGAUAAUUAACUUAGUUUUGUUUCUAUAUAUGGCAAGCCAGGCCAAAACCAGAGAGGGAAGAUUCUCUGUGAACAGCUAAAACAAAAAUUUCAGCUGCCAAGUUUUAUUUUAAAAUUUUUCAACCUAAAAGUUACAUAUUUGGCAAAAAAGAAGAAAACCCUAUUUCAUUAGCACGGCGGCGAGGCCACAUUCCUGUCUUGUCUACAACAGAAACUGAGGCGAAAAUAAAGUGGUCUUUUGGAAAAAAAAAAUUACUUCCCAAUGAUAAAAAUUAAGG